AUGCCCCGCAAAGCCAAAGCUGCCGCUGCCGCCGGCGGCGAAGGAGAGUCACCCACGGGCCUCACAGAAGGCGAACUGCGCUUCGUCAAAGCCGUCUUCGACAACAUGACGCAGAAGCCCGACGCAGACUGGGACAAGGUCGCUGCCGACCUGGGACUCAAGGACGCAAAGUGUGCCAAGGAGCGUUUCCGUCAAAUGUCUGUCCGUCACGGCUGGCGCGAGCAACCGGCCUCUGGCAAUCCCAGCCCCCGCAAGCCUGGCAAGAACGGUGCCACGGGACCGUCUGGAGAUGGCAAGGUGACCAAGCGGGCUCCAAGGACCCCUAGGAAGUUGAAGAAGGAAGAGGCCUCGGAGGAAGCUGGGGAGGAUGAUGAGGUUGAUCUUAUUGAGGGCGGGGACGAUGGCGACGUCAAGAUGGAGGCCGAGCAGGAAGCCGAGGUUGAACAACGAGACGAGAUUUGA